AUGGCAGUCCCGAACAGCAAGUUGCUCUUAGUGGCUUCCAUCUUCAUUCUCGGCGCUUUGGCUUCUCAGGCCAUGGCACGCUACACCUCAGACGAGUCUUCCAUGCGCCUUAGGCACGAGCAGUGGAUGGCUCGUUAUGGACGAGUUUACGGGAGUUCCCGCGAGAAGGAGGUACGAUACCAGAUAUUCAAAGACAAUGCGGCUCUCGUCGAUUCGUUCAAUGCAGCCGGAGACAAGCCUUACAAGCUGGGUACCAACCAGUUUGCGGAUUUGACGAACGAGGAGUUCAAAAUGUGA